AUGGAAGAGGCCGAGAAGGUGAAGGUGGUUGUCCGAUGCCGUCCGAUAUCCACCACCGAGAAAAUCCAGGGUCACAAGGUGGCAGUGAAUUGUAGUGAUGAGGAGAAGGCGGUCACUAUCAAAAGUACAAAUCAGGAUGAUUCCCCACGAACCUUCUAUUUCGACGCAGUAUUCUCCCCCGGCACCGAUCAAAUGACAGUGUACAAUAUCGCGGCGAGACCUAUUGUGGAGAAUGUGCUGAAGGGAUAUAAUGGAACAAUAUUUGCGUAUGGACAAACGGGUACCGGCAAGACGUUCACCAUGGCCGGGGAGCUGGAGCCAAUGGAGAUGCGGGGAAUCAUUCCGAACUCGUUUGCACAUAUUUUCGAUCAUAUUUCGAAGAGUCAACAUGAUACACAAUUCCUGGUUCGUGUCUCCUAUCUGGAAAUCUACAAUGAAGAGAUUCGAGAUCUCCUUUCUAAAGAAUACAGUGGACAUCUGGAGAUCAAAGAACGACCGGACGUUGGUGUCUACGUGAGAAAUCUUUCUAAUAUCACUGUGGAGAACGCGUCGAAAAUGCAGGCGUUGAUGGAGUUUGGAAAUAAAAACCGAAAAGUCGGUGCCACCGCGAUGAACCUUGAAUCCUCCCGUUCCCAUGCAAUGUUCACAGUCACUAUUGAAUCUGACCGGAAUGGAUGUCUAACUCAGGGAAAACUGCAACUAGUCGAUCUGGCUGGAUCAGAAAGACAAAGUAAAACGGGUGCUCAGGGAGAGAGGCUGAAAGAGGCGGCGAAGAUAAACCUGUCGUUGUCUACACUUGGAAAUGUGAUCAGUUCUUUGGUCGAUGGGAAGUCCACACACGUUCCUUAUAGAAAUUCGAAAUUGACGAGGCUGCUGCAAGAUUCGUUGGGUGGAAACUCGAAAACCGUUAUGAUUGCCAACGUCGGCCCAGCCAGCUACAACUACGACGAGACACUGUCAACUCUUCGAUAUGCAAGUCGUGCCAAGAAAAUUGAGAACGUUGCGAAAAUCAAUGAGGAUCCAAAGGACGCUCAACUCCGGAAGUAUCAAUUGGAAGUGGAGGCGCUUAGGAAGUUGUUGGAUGAAGAGAAUCCUGGAGACGAUGAGAAUCAUGAAGAGGCGUGGGAAGCGAAGAUGAAGGAGAAGGAGGUGGAAGUGGAGAGGAAACGGAAGAUUCUGGAGGAACGGGUGAAUUCGGCGGUUGAUGAUGAGGAGACACAUCGUCUUGUAAGAGAGAUGAUGGAGAAUGAGGCGGAGUUGAAGAAGGCGAGAAGUGAACAUGAGAAGUUGAGAAGCAAACUUGAAAAAAUCGAGAAAAAGCUAAUUGUUGGCGGUGAGAAUCUUCUGGAAAAAGUAGAAGAGCAAGCGAAACUCCUUGAAAUCAAUAACAAAGAGAUCGAGCAGUCGAAGAGUCAAGAAGCACACCUUCGGAAUCAAUUAGAAGAGAGAAGUGCGGUGAAAGUGGAGAUAGAAGAGAGAUACUCAUCACUUCAAGAGGAAUCAUUCGCAAAAUCAAAGAAGAUCAAGAAAGUGAGCAAUGAGUUGAAGGAUGCGAGGGCUGAGUUGAAGGAUUUGGAAGAGGAUCAUCAGAGACAGAUGGAGGGAAUGUUGGAGGAUUGUAGGCAGUUGAAAAAGGAACUAAUGCUAAACCUUGCCAUAAUCAAUCAAUACAUCCCAGUGGAACACGUGGAAAUGAUCGAGAAAUACGUCAGUUGGAGUGAGGAACACGGCGAUUGGCAAUUGAAAGCAAUCGCCUACACUGGAAAUAACAUGAGACAGACAGCGGCGCCGGUUAAGCAGGAGUUCUCGAACAAUAAUCAAACCGCCCCAAUGUACUACUCAUAUCGUGCGGAUCUUGGAGCAUCCACUGCGGAGCACAGGCCGAGGACGAGUAGUACGAAGAGGAUGAAACAGAAUAUUCAGUUGCAGCGACUGCUGAUGUAG